GGAAUUUUGAGGUGAAACGUGCAUAUGUAGGACAAUCUCCUAAGACGGAACGCACGUGUUUUACUGUGAAAGUCAACGCUCAAUGGCAGGUAUUUCAAGUCACGAAAGUGAUGAAAGUAAUGAUACAACUCUGCAGAAUGGUUCACCUAAAUCUAAGUGUGUGACAGUCACAGUAAAUACUGAAGAGAAGAUGAAAGAGAAAGAGGGAGACGGUCCAGUAAAGCCCCUGGUUAACGGAACCCAGGAGGUGGGUCACACAGAGGAGAAGUCGGGGGGUGAGUCCGGGGAGGAGGGAGAGAAGAACGAUAAGGAGAUAGUGCUGAUUCAGGAUACAGGAUUUAAUGUCCAGAUUCAGAUUCCCGGCACCAGUCCUAUAGAACUACCAGUGAGCUCUAUGGAGUUAGUUCAGGAGAUCCACCAGGUAUUGAUGGAUAGAGAAGACACUUGUAUCAGGACAUGCUUCUCACUACAGCUGGAUGGAGUCACACUAGACAACUUCGCAGAACUCAAAAGCAUAGAAGGACUCAAAGAGGGCUCUGUCAUCAAGGUGGUCGAAGAGCCUUACACUGUCAGAGAAGCCCGUAUACAUGUCCGUCACAUCCGAGAUUUACUUAAAUCGGUGGAUCCAGCGGAUACUUAUAACGGUGUGGACUGUAACUCUCUGUCCUUCCUCAAUACCGUCACUGUAGGAGAUAUUCUAGACAAGAAAAGGUCGAAGCCUGAUUCGGUUGACUGCACACCUCCAGACUACAUAAUGCCCAACAGCAAGGAGAGGCCACUACUCCCUCUACACCCAGGGUUGAAGGAUCUGAAGGGUCCACAAUGCUUGAAAGUCUUAACAUAUAGUGGGUGGAACCCUCCCCCAGGAAACAGGAGAAUGCAUGGUGAUUUGCUAUAUCUGUAUGUUUUAACCCUGGAAGACAAGAAAUAUCACAUUACGGCCUCAACCAGAGGAUUCUAUGUCAACCAGUCCACUGAAGAUGAAUUCAAUCCUAGAGCUGCUCAGCAGAAAUUUCUAUCUCACUCUCUUAUUGAUCUUCUAAAUCAGAUAAGUCCUAGUUUUAAGAGGAACUUUAGUAUCCUUCUGAAGAAGCGAGGACAGAAGCACCCAUUUGAAAGGGUCCCCACACCCUACCAGAUUUACAGCUGGAUGGCCCCCCAGUCAGAACACACCGUUGACUACAUUCGGGCAGAAGAUGCCUUCUCCACACGUCUGGGGUAUGAGGAACACAUCCCUGGACAAACUCGGGACUGGAAUGAAGAAAUUCAGACAACUCGUGAAUUAUCAAAGAAAACACUUCCAGAAAGGCUAAUCAGGGAGCGUGCAGUAUUUAAGGUGCACAGUGACUUUGUAGGUGCGGCCACCCGUGGAGCUAUAGCCGUGAUUGAUGGAAAUGUCAUGGCAAUAAAUCCAGGGGAGGAUACCAAGAUGCAGAUGUUCAUCUGGAACAAUAUUUUCUUCAGUCUUGGUUUUGAUGUUCGCGAACAUUAUAAGGAUUUUGGUGGAGAUUAUGCUGCUUACAUUGCUCCAGGUAAUGAUCUACAGGGGGUGAAGGCCUACUUUAACCUGGAUACUGAGGGUCUGUACACACUGGGGACAGCUGUAAUUGACUACAGGGGAUACAGGGUCACUGCCCAGUCCAUUAUACCAGGAAUUCUGGAGAGAGAACAGGAACAGUCUGUUGUGUAUGGAUCUAUUGAUUUUGGGAAGACUGUCGUGACGUGUGAUAAAUAUAUAGAACUGCUGCAAAAGACUGCUCCACAGUUGAAAAUCUGUCCACACAAGGUUAUUAGUGAGAAGGGGGAUCAAGUAGAACUAUAUACAUCUCUGGAAUGCAAGGGAAUCAUUGGGAAUGACAAGCGUCAUUACAUCUUGGAUUUAUUGAGAACUUUCCCUCCCGAUAUUAAUUACCUUCAGCUUGAAGAAGAGUCUUUGAGUAAAAUCAUGCAGGAACACGGGUAUCCGAAGAAACACCCUCACCGACUGGCGUGUCUACGACAGGAACUCAUCGAGGCAUUUGUAGAAACUAGAUAUGUAGCAUUUGUGAGACAUGCUGCCUACCAGUUCCAGCAACUUCAACAACAAAGCCAGAAAAAGUCUACAGAGAGCAAGGAACAGAAGCUGGUUCCACAAGAGAUAGAGCUUGAUGGCCUUGAAGAAAAAAGCGAGGACACAGAAAAGAAAGAGAAGGCCAACACAGAAAACAUUGAUGAGGCAAAGAAGAUUGUGGAGGCACUCACUGGGUCUGAUGGAGAAUCUUUUGAAGAGAAUAGUAAAGACAUUGUGAAGAAAGCCGCAACAGCUGUGGGGUCUCUCAGUGAAACAGAGUUUAGUAUCCUCUUCAAUCCAGAUGUAUUUCAACCACACGUCAAACAUGCUGAUGAAAAGAGUGACCAAUUCCAGAAACAGAAGAAACUUGUCAAGGAUGCUGCUGAAUUUCUUGUUCUUCAUCAAAUCCCAUCAUUUAUCAGUGACUGCAUGGAGCACACUUCAUCCCCAAUUGAUGGCUUCACUCUAUCUGAGGCUUUACACAACAAGGGAAUCAACAUCCGGUACCUCGGAAAAGUGGCAGAAAUGAUCUCCAAGUACUCCUCUGUGUCGUAUGUUUAUACCAUUGUCAUAUCAGAGCUGAUUUGCCGUGCAGCUAAGCACCUGUUUAAGUCCUACAUGCAGGGUGUGGACAUGAUGAACACAUCAGCUGCUAUCUGUCAUUUUCUCAAUUGUUACAUUGGUUCUUAUCCAACACCACACGCUCAGGUCACUGCUGACGAGUUACAAAGCAAGAAAGCCAAGAGGAAGAAUAACAAGAAAAACAAAUCUGUUUUCUUGAGUAUAGACAAUACAGAGUGGGUCAAUGAGACUCCCUCCAAACUCUGGAAGAAAAUUACAGAUGAAGUUUCUGAGUAUUUUGACUACAAACUGGAAUGUGAUUCUGUUGAACAAGCUGUAGAGAAGUAUGGACUACAGCGAGUCUCCAUGUUGAGGGCUUUCUGUUUGAGUGUAGGAAUUCAGAUCUUGCUCAAAGAAUACAACCUUGACAUCAAGAACAAACAGAUCUUUAACGAAGAAGACAUUGUUAAUGUUUUCCCAGUUGCCAAACACAUUCACCCCAAGGCUUCAGAUGCUUAUCAUUUCUUCACGAGUGGACAAACUAAAAUCCAGCAAGGUUUACUGAGGGAAGGCUAUGACUUGAUCAGUGAGGCGCUCAAUCUUCUGAACAACGUCUACGGAGCUCUCCAUCCGGAGAUUGCUGCUUGUCUCCGACUGCUCGCUCGCCUCAAUUACAUCAUGGGAGAAUACGGAGAGGCCAUGUCUUUCCAACAACGUGCAGUUUUGAUGAGUGAACGUGUCUUGGGCAUUGACAAUCCAAAUACAAUCACUGAAUAUGCACAUCUUGCCCUGUACUGCUUUGCCAACAGUCAGGUAUCCAGUGCUCUAAGGUUAAUAUACAGGACACGAUAUCUGGCUUUACUUUGUCAUGGGGAGGAUCAUCCAGAGGUGGCACUGAUAGAUAGCAAUGUUGGACUGAUUCUUCACACUGUAGAGGAGUUUGAUUUGUCCUUGAGGUUCCUGGAGCAUGCACUGGAAGUCAAUACCAAAUAUUUUGGCCAGAGAAGCAUGAAGGUAGCUAUGAACUACCACUUGGUUGCUAGAACUCAUUCCUGUCGUGGAGAUUUCAGGGCCGCUCUACAGAGUGAAAAAGAAGCUUAUGCUAUCUACAAACAAACUCUGGGAGAGGAGCAUGAAAGAACAAAGGAGAGUUCGGAAUGCCUUAAACACCUAACACAACAAGCCGUAGUGUUUCAGAAGAAAAUGAAUGAGAUCUACAAGGGAGAGAAGAGUAUAACCUUACCGCCCCUCCACAUUCAGACACCCUCUAUAGCGAGUGUACUCGAUACUCUAAAUGUCAUCAAUGGCAUCGUCUUUGUACAAAUCAGCCAAGAAGACAUUGAGAAGUUCCGUCAGCAGGUCAGCAUGAAAGGGGCAGCCAUAACAGAGGAAACAGAAAAACCCAAAGACUCUCUUAAAAUUACUGAACUCCCAGAUGAUGUUGACACAAAACUCCCCAGUAACCAUACUAAGUUGAAUGGAGACAUUUCUCACGCAGUUCCACGAGAAGUGACUGUGGGAGGGGAGUGAGGAUUCCUGCUUCAUAGACAGCCAUUAAUUUCACUGAAUGUGUGUUUGCCAGUGUUUGAGUACACCAGUAUGAGCCACACUAACGACAGAGCUGGGAGGGGGAGGAGAACCUCGUUUGCUCGUGGCUGGGAGGAGAAUGCAGUACAUGGGUUCCUGUAAAGACUCCGAAGUCUAAACUUCAUUAACAUUAAUCAGGCUCCUGGCUUCUUGGAUAAACAUUUCCUGUAGUUCAUUGUAAACUUUCAUCCGAGCAGUCUCUGUUAGGAUAAACUUCAGCAAAUGCAAAGCACUAGCUGGUAUGACUGAUGUCAAAUCAAUAUUUAUAAAAUCAAUUAAUCAAAUUAACAGUGUGAAUUGUGAUCUGUUUUUGUGUGCCAAGAUGUUGAACAUUUCAUGAUGUAAUUAAACAUGAAAUCAUUUACAACUCUUGAUAUAUAAAGUGUGAUACAUUAAUAAAGUAUAUAUCCUAUAUCAUACAGAGAUCAAGUAUAUAGCCCCCAUAUCUUAUCUGUAAUAUUGAUAGAGGGAUAUUAUUCUGCAUUUAAAAUGUCGAAGUGGACUGUCAUCGUUUGUGCAUCAGUAGAUUGCCUGCCUGUAUGUUUUGACUGUGGUAGGGUAGAUUGCCGACAUGUAUGUUUUGACUGUGGUAGGGUAGACAUUCCUUUUUGUGAUUUUGAAGUGUGAGUGUGUUAUCAUUUGUUACAGCCAAUCACCUCAGUUGUGUGUUUAUCGCAUGUCAUGUUUCAUGUCAUUACAGUACGAAUUUGUAAUAAAAAAAAAUAUAUUGCC